AUGCCGAGCUCUAUGCAGUCAUUGGCCUUCCAAGCAAGCAAGCCCAGUUGUCUGAUUGCAGGAAACAGCGUGUCCUACAGCGGCUGCCGCAAUGUCAUCCAGGCAGCGUGGCUUGCACAACUGAAAGAGGAGCGCUUCAAGGGCAGAGGCAACAACACGCAGCAAGAGGAGAUAGGAUCAACCCAGACUGGCUUGCUCCACGCUGUUGCAGGCACGCUCCAAGAUAACAAAACGCGCGCCGAAUACGUUCAGCAUAUGCUUCCAAUCAUCAUAGCGCAGCCGCAGUCCAACGUCCUCUAG